AUGGCUCGAGCAGACGGCAAGAAGCGCAAAGCGCCAGCGGACUCAGCUGUAAAGUCGACCAAAAGGGUCGCCGUUGAUGGUCGUCCAACAAAACUCAAGGUCACCAAGGUGAUAGAGUCCGGGUCUCAGGUCCCCUUAUUCUACGACGCACCUGAACUCGAAGUGCCAGCCGACCUAGUCUUUCACGAACGCGAUCCGAAAAGCGACGAGCGAGCCAAGCAAGUGUUUGAGAGGGAAAGAGUAUGGACCGCGCGCUCCCAUCCCGUCAUGAAUUAUACCCUUCGCGAGGUAGAAGAACCAGGUCUGACAUACUGGCUCGGCAUUGUCGACCCAAAGACUGGAGAGGUCGAGCUCAUCCGUUCGAAGAGGGCGGAGUUGACUACUGUUGUACGUGCUAGAGACAGGCCCGCAGAAGCCACGGAGGAGAAGGGCGCCAGUAAGAGCAUGCUGGAUCUCAAGGCGGACCUCAGUCAAACUUUCGGAACGAAAAAAGCCAAGAAGGCCAUCGAGCAGCGCGUACUCAACGCCAUCCCAUCACAAAAGAAGGCCAACGGCCAAACAAUCGAGAUGGACGACGCAUCUCGCGCCAUUCUCCAAUCAGUUGGCGAGAAUGUUGCGGACAUGUCCACCCAACAGCAGCUGCAGGCUGUUGUCGACGAAGCAAAGCCUCGGCCGAUUGCCAACGUGGAUGCGGACGACAUUCAGGACGUCUACGCCCCCGGUGCGAUCAUUGGCGACGACAUCCUCCAGAUGCUGCCCAUCCGCGAGUGGCAAGAAAAGGCACGCCGCAAGGAGAACAUCCAGACGACAUCACGAUACGUCGCCGCGCGCAUCAGCGCUCUCGCCGCCAACGACGCCGCCGAGGAGCGCCUGCGGGUGCUGCGCUACCUCUCAUUCGCCCUCGCCUUUUAUCGCGAGACCAAGUCCAGCAAGAAGCGGGAGGCGAGUGUCCCGACGCGCGAGAAGCUGCGCGAGUCGCUCGCGCCGGCCCCCGAGGCCGUCAUCGAGAACCUCCGCCGCAAGUUCUCGGACCGCGGUCAAAUACGCAAGUUCCACACGGAACUGCUCAUCACGCACAUUUGCGCGUUUGCGUGCAUCGUGGACAACUUUGAGGUAGCCACGCAUGAGCUGCAGCUGGACCUGGGCAUCGACGACAAAACCAUGAACCAGUACUUCCGCGAGAUUGGUGCGCGCAUCAAGCCCGUCUCGGGCAGGGAGCACGGAGGCCGCGCGACGUCGGUUGCGCGAAUGACCCUGCCGCUCGAGUUCCCGAAGCAGAGAAAGAUGAAGCAGAAGCAGCGCAGAUGA